AUGCACCCGCCGUUCGUCCACAGCGUCUCCACCAUCUCAGGCCCGCCGUUCGUCCGCCGCGCCACCGCCAUCUCAGGCCGCAGUUCGUCCGCCGUGCCGCUGUAUACUUCCACAAGUUCGUUGUCGUGCGCUCGCCGUUCGUCCGCCGCGCCUCUGCCAUCUCAGUCCCGCCGUUGGUCCGUCACGCUUCCGCCAUCUCAGGUCGGUCGUUGGUCCGUCGCGCAUCCGCCACAGACACACACACAACCCAGACGCCGUCGGACAGCACCAUCGGCAGCCUUGGGUUCCGUCUGCCGCCACCAAACCGCAGCCGUCGAAGGUGCGUUUGCAGUGUGGGCCACUAGGCCGCAAGAGGGAUAUGGCCCAUGGGCCGUAUGGAUUUAUUUGGGAAUUGGGUUUUGCGUGAAGUUCCACCCAAUGAAUGGGGCCCAGUGGGCCAUUGGGGUCUACUUGAAUAAUAGAAAUUUCAACACGUAG